AUGGAAAGUUUUCUGACAAUUACCGUUAUUUCGACAUUGUUGAUGAUCUUACUAAGUUUAGAAGUAGUUAGUUCAGAAGAAUCCGGUUCCAAUGAAGUCAAAUGCACGCCUUGCCAACAAGAAGUCCCAUCGCCGCCUUCGCCGUCCCCACCACCUCCGGCUGCAUCACCGCCUCCACCUGCUUCUAGUUCUAACAACUGCCCACCGCCACCGUCUCCACCCAGCUCUAGUGGAGGCGGUAGCUACUAUUACUCUCCACCGCCACCAUCUCAAUCCGGGGGUGGUAACAACUACUACGCUCCGCCGCCUCCGGGUGGCGUCAUUGGUGGCAUGUACUACCCUCCACCGACGUACAAAAACUACCCAACACCGCCGCCGCCGAACCCCAUGGUUCCUUACUAUCCGUUUUAUUACCACACUCCGCCUCCUUCGGGGUCUGAAAGAUCGUUAGCUAGCGCGCUCUCAACUCUUGUUUCCUUGUUUGGUUUCUUCCUUUGUGUCCUUUGA